GAGGAGGCCGUGAUUUGCUACAAUGUCCUACUAGCAAUCUAAGAACAUAAUUAUUUCUUAGUAGGACAUCGAAUGUGAUUGGAAUAUGAUAUCUUUAAGGGGGAUAAUUUUUUCGGACGCGUGUAUAUCACACCACGGAGUGCGCUCAGCGUGCUGCGGUGCCGGCUGGCGGCGGGCCGGCCGCCGGUCCUCUGUUCGCCGCGCCUGCUGCCGCCGGCCGGCCGGACCGUGUGGCGCGGCCCGGCGGCUCACUCUCGCGCUCUGGUGGUGCUGGACGACCUGCGCCAGCUGCCGCAGUCGCCGCGGCCGGCGCUGCUGUUGGGCGCCGCCGGCCUGCUGCCGUUCGCCGCCGCGCCCGUGCUGAUGCUGCGCACCGGCCACUUCAGCGCCGAGCUGCUGCACGCCCAGCUGGCGUACGGCGCGUGCAUCCUGUCCUUCCUGGGCGGCGUGCGCUGGGGCGUGACGCUGCCGGACGGCGCGCCGCAGCGGCCCGACUGGGCCAACCUGACGCGCAGCGUCACACCCUCGCUGCUGGCCUGGGCCGGCCUGCUGGCUCCGCCCAGCGCCGGCGGCCUGAUGCUGAUCGGCGGCCUCGGCCUGGCCGGCUACUGGGAUAUGGUGAUGUACGGCUACCCGGCCUGGUUCAAGGCGCUGCGCUUCUGUCUGAGCGUGGGUGCCAUCCUGUCGCUGUGGACGGCGCUCAUGUGCAAGUGGUUCCUGGUGGACCAGGAGAAGGCGGCUGCCAAGCCCGAGGGCGACUCCGCGAGCCAGUAGACGGACCCGAGCUCUGACCAGGGUAACAGUAGACGAACUCUAUCCGUGGCGCGAAAUUCAGUAGAAGAGACCGUCUUGACGACCGAAAUGGUAGAGGACUCUGCCCAGGAUAACGACAGACGAGCCCCAGGUCUGACGAGGACUGUACUAGGAGAACCUCGCCGUGACGAGGUCGUCAGUUUAUGAGACACGUCGGACGUGUGAGUGCUGUGAACCCUGCCGGUUUGGUUUUAUUGCUCACUGCCAGGCGCCAGCGCGGUCUGGCAUGAUCGGACACCACUGACGUUUGGUCGCGGGUAUGAGUCGCUGGCAAUAAGCUGAACGACCUCUAAGGCAUUGGGAUGGUUACUGAAGCUAAUUCGCAUCGGUGUGUGAUAAACUUGAUGACUGGUUGAAGCCUACACGUGUGUUAUUCGCUGCAACAAAUCCCCGGGUGUAUAGAACGAACAGCAUUGAGGGACACUGCUGGCUCUAAG